UUGUACAUUUGAAAUAUUAGCUUAUUGUUUUUUGUUAUAUGUUAGUUAUUAUUCACAAUGUGCAAAAUGUUGUGCGGCAAAUGCUGUUGAUUUGAAACAAAACUGUGCUAAAAUUCUGUUGAUAGGGAACAUAUAAAAAAAUUACAGUAAUUUGAAAUAUGCACACUAAAAUAGGUUGGUUUAAACGAAUUGAAAUUAACUUUGAAACCUGGUAUUUUUAGAUUGUGUCUUUUUUUAGCCUUUUGUUUUUUUUACCCCUUCAAAGUGCUGGUAUUUGUCGGUCUUAACCCGCGUACGUCUGGCGCGCCACCAAUCAAAAUGGUUCAAAAUCGCGCUAAAAUUGGCUAAAAACAAACAAACAAAAGAAGUAAAUUUUUAAUGUAACAUACAGUAUUUGUUUAAAAACUAUUCAACCUGGUGUUAAUUUUUACACACUUAUUAUUCAUAACGCGUAAAAUGCUUGUGAUAAGAAAAGCGCUCACUUUUGUUAGGAUCUCAGUAGGUUUUGCGACACACCCACACACAUCUGAUAGCUGAAGAGCUUCAUUCAGAUGGCAGGAUCAUAGAGGACAGAUGUUGUUCAGGCGAUGCAGAGCCUUUUAACAUUGAUAGUGAAGUAAAAACACACGUGCGUUGUGCUCCUGCAUGAAGACGCUUGAGCAAAUCCAUGCGCGUGAACUUUUUCGUGGACUUAUAACGUGAUAUACGCUGCAAAGAUUGCUUGGUAUAUAUUUGCGUUAUAAAGCAGUGGAUUUAUUAUUAUUAUUAUUCACUACGGAGGGAUUAUUUAUCUGACUGUAUGUUUGGUGGCGAGGACGAUAUGAAGGUGAAAUCUAGAGAUGAGAGUUUGAACACUUCUGGAGAUUUGGAUGGAUCUAAUGAUCUGCUGACGGGUAACUUCCCCUCGGGCCAGAAGAAAAGAAACAUUAAACAGCGUUUUCUCAAACUUUUGCCCUGCUGUCUUACCGAGUCCACACCAUCUAUCAAGAAAGGCAACAUAGAGGAUGAUUUUGAAAUCGCCACUGUGUGCUACAGGCCGGAUGGUUUGGAGAAACUGCUAGAACAGACUAAAUUCAGCAAAGCAGAGCUACAGAUUCUCUACAGGGGAUUUAAAAAUGAAUGUCCAACUGGUGUGUUAAAUGAAGAAUCAUUUAAAUUAAUCUACUCUCACUUUUUUCCUCAAGGAGAUUCUGGAAUGUACGCUCAUUUCUUAUUUGAUGCUUUUGAUAGACACAAGAAUGGAGCUGUACGUUUUGAGGACUUUGUAACUGGCCUGUCAAUCAUUUUGCGGGGUACAGUUACUGACAGGCUUUGCUGGGCCUUUAGUCUGUAUGAUCUCAAUAAAGACGGCUGCAUCACUAAAGAGGAGAUGAACGACAUCAUGAAGUCCAUAUACGAUAUGAUGGGAAAGUGCACAUAUCCAUGUAUGAAGGACAGCGCACCCAAAGAACACGUUGAGAGUUUCUUCCGGAAAAUGGAUCGAAAUAAUGACGGUGUUGUCACUAUGGAGGAAUUUCUUGAGUCAUGUCAGAAGGAUGAGGCCAUCAUGGAGUCCAUGCAUCUGUUUGAUCAUGUCAUUUAGAUUAAUGCAGACCUCUGGUGAAUGUUGUUGCAUGACAACAUAUGACAUGUAAAAAGUUGAUGUAAAUAUGUGAGCAUGACACUUUAUUUGGAAGAGGAAGUGUAUGUAUUGAACAGAUUAUGAGCUAUAAAUAUUUAAGAACAUUAAAAUGACUGUUUUAUCACUGGAUCUAUUACUGUUUUUGUAUAUACUAUGAUUACAUAAAUCACAUCAUAAAAUUAUUUUAAAAAUUAUUACCCAAGAUCCAGUGAAUUUAUUUGACAGUUUUCUUUUAUUAAUAUGACCCUACAAGGUGAAUGCAGAAAUAUUAGUUAUUGUAAUUUGGGAGACAGGACAUUUUUAACACACUUUUAAAACAGCUACUUUUCUGUACACAAAAGUUCAUGGAUGUGAAACAGAUGUGCUGAAUUAAUAAAUUAAUUUAAAAACAUUGAUUCCUUUCUGGGCAAAACACUAA